GAGAUGAUGAAACCAUUCGUAGUUAAGCGGAAUUUCUCUUAUCUGUCCCUAUCAAGCCCAUCCUACGAGGAAUGUUAAAAUUCGUACGGCGAAUAUCCAUGAAAUAUACUCACGAAAGAUGAAGCCACAAGGAGCAGUCAUGGAAGAGUGGGAGAAAUAUUUUGCUGAAACGCCAGCUCCUCGUUGCUACGACUUGGCUCGUGCUCAACUAGAAGGCUUUUGCCAGCAACAUGUCGGCAAGACCCCUAUAGCUCUCGUUACCUCAGGUGGCACAACUGUUCCGCUGGAGAGGAACACUGUUAGGUUUGUAGAUAAUUUUAGUGCUGGGACACGUGGGGCAGCCUCCACGGAAUAUUUCUUGUCACAAGGGUAUGCUGUCAUCUUUAUUCACCGUGAGAAGUCGGUGACUCCUUUCCUGAGGCACCUCGACCCAAGCUUCCUCCUAGAUGCACUGCAAGAGGGACCUGGAUGUCUGCAGUUGUCGGCCACACACUCAGCUAAUGUACGCCCCAUCUGGCUCAACUACCAACGGGUAAAGAGUGAAGGACGGAUCUUGUGGUUAACAUUCACCACGCUUUCUGACUAUCUGUGGCUCUUGCGUGCGGCCACGCAAUGUCUGCAGCAGCGAGCACCUAAGGCCUUACUGUAUUUGGCUGCGGCUGUGUCCGAUUUUUACAUUCCUCAAGACAAGAUCUCCGAGCACAAGAUCCACACAUCAAGUGGCCCACUGACCGUCACCCUCCAGCUGGUGCCCAAGAUGCUGAGCCCCUUAGUGUCCAUUUGGGGGCCAGAGCUCUUUGUGGUGUCCUUCAAGUUGGAGACGGAUGAGAAGAAGUUGAUCGAGAAGGCCACGGAGGCUCUGCAGAAGUACAAGCACGACCUGGUCAUUGGCAACCUCCUACAGACGCGACGGGAGGAAGUUACCUUCGUCACGGAGAAGGAGAGCAGCCUGCUGAGACUGACUGAGCACCAGAAGGCAGAGAAAAUUGAGAUUGAGAAGCUCAUCGUUGACGAGGUGGUCAGUAGGCAUAAAAAUUUUAUCAAGUACUAGGAUUGUAGGUUCAAUAUUUUAGCAAUGGAAUUACAUAUGUAUAUUUAGAGUUACUUAGUAAGCAGGUGUCUUCAUCAGAGAAGGAAGCAAAGACAGUAAGGGUAUUGCUUGUGAUAUUUUUUAUGUAAAAUGUUAUGAAUCCACAAAUGUGAUCUAAUCAAAUUAUUAUUAUUAUUAUCAUUAUUAUUAUUACUAUUGUAAUUAAAUGUACAUUAUUAUUUUAAUAUUACUUUUA